ACAAAAAAAUGGCGGAGUCAAAGGAGGAGGUUGACGUCUUGGUCCAAAGAGUUGUCAAAGACAUCAGUAUCGCAUUCAAAAGACACCCCAACAUAGACGAGAUCGGUCUAAUCCAGUGUCCAGAGGCCCGCUACAACCGCAGUCCCAUUGUGUUGGUGGAGAACAAGCUUGGUGUUGAGAGCUGGUGUGUCAAGUUUCUGUUACCAUAUGUCCACAAUAAGCUGCUCCUCUACCGCCAGAGAAAACACUGGCUCGACAGAGAAGCUCUGGUGGAUAUUACUUGCACUCUUUUGCUGCUCAAUCCAGACUUCACCACUGCCUGGAAUGUCAGGAAGGAGCUGCUUGAGUGUGGUGCCCUGAAUCCAGAAAGAGAUCUUUACUUGAGCAAGCUGGCCCUCACCAAAUUCCCCAAAAGCCCUGAGACAUGGAUACAUAGACGCUGGGUGUUGCAGCACAUCCUGCGUCAGUUUUCUGCUGUUGCCCACAAGACUCAGCAGCAGGUUGAAGCAGAGCAGCCUGAUGCAGAGAGGACCCAGUUUUUGGGUCGUCAUCUGGAUAGAUUAAUACACCAGGAGAUGAAGGUGUGCUCUGACGCUGCUUGUCGCUAUCCUAGUAAUUAUAACGCCUGGUCCCACCGCAUCUGGGUACUGCAGCACAUGGCUAAAGGCAACAUAAAGGUUUUCCAUGAUGAACUGUCAUCUGUGCAUCCAUGGGUCUCCAUGCACGUAUCUGAUCACAGUGGGUUUCACUACCGGCAGUUCCUUCUCAAGGAGUUACUGAACACUGAACUGAGCCAGUCUUUGUCUUCUGAUUCUGCUAGCACAGUCUUUUGUCCAUCCCAGCAUCAGAGCAAUUCAGUCCAUAGCACCUGUCCUCAGGCUAAUGGUGAGCUGUCAUUGGCUGAUGCAGCCUGUGGGGAUAGGAUCACUACAGUAUUUAAACUUUUUUACCAGGAGACUAAACUGUGCUCUGACCUGAUUCAGUCUUUUCCAGGACAUGAAACACUCUGGAGUCACAGGCGGCAUGUGUACUACUUAUGGCACCACUGGAGGCAGGAUCAAGAUCUCUCCACUGAUGGCAGAGAGAAUGAUUUGAAGCCUAUCAGUAUCAAUGAGCCAGGUGGCAGCCAGGGGAUGAGAGUGGACAGACAUAAACAUGUUAGUGUUCCUAUGGAAGUGGAUAGGGUGUCCUUGCCUGACCAUGACAGCAAGCGUCUAAGGAGAGGAAUCCUUCUGCCCAACCUUCUGACCCUACAAAAUGAACACACCUUUGUUAACAGCAUACUGAAAAGUUGCUGUAAUGCUGAGCAGAACAACUAUGCUGUGGCAUACAAAAAGUGGUUAGAUACUGUCAUUAGUGCACAGUCUUUAGACAUAUAAGAUUUAGGCCCAUACAUUCAACACUAAAGUGGCCUUUAGAUACUGAUUUAGGAAUAACUUACUUACCUGUAGUUAUAAUUAAAAUGAGGUGUAUACCAACAUGGAGUUACUUUCAGAACUAUCUGCCAUGAGGAGGCAGUAUGCAAGAUGAGUUUGAGGGUAUUCUUCAGAAGUCCUGUUUGAGUGUGAUCUGAGCCACUUAGUCUGUCUGUUUGUGUCUGACAGCAAAUUGUCUUUUUUUCUUUGUCUACCCAGGCCUUAGAUCAAAUUUCUGUUUCUCUUCAUAUGUGUAAGCAAAAAUUAUGUGAAGUUGUUUGUGUAGCAGAAUCGAAUCAGAUGAGAAAGUGGACGAAGAAGAGUUGGUUUUACUAAGUCGUUAGACAGGAGAGCGUGAAGUUUUAAAAUAGCCAAGUGGAACGAAAAAGUAAAAUAAUGAAAUGAAUUGUUAAGUUUUUGCAAUUUUUUUUUUCAUGUUAAAUAGACUACUGGAAGCGGUAUCACCUGGAAUUUUUUUCUGUUAAUUUUCAGCUUUUCACGCUGUAUAAAUGUGACAUAAAAUAUUGCAUACACGUUUUUGACCUUGAACAUUUUACUAAUGUAUUACAAUAUAUUCUUUGGUUUGUUUUUUUAAUAGUGGUAAACAUAAUGGUAAAGUCAUGUUAAAGAGCUUACAAUAAAAGUUUACCCACUUGUAAUUUUA